AGACAUGAAGACCUCAUUGGCAUUUCUAGUCUUUUCUGUAACCGCGUUUUUCUCUCCUUUAAGAGCUCAGGCUUCAAGCAAAGUUAAGGAUGGGGGCCCUCUACCGAUGUUCAAACUUAAAAAUCUGUUGUGGCUUAACUUAGAUUUGAUGAAUGACCUAGAGAACUACAUAAAGGCGCUGGAUGCGAAAAUGAAAAUCAUCAAAGAAGCUCUUUUCGACAUGUCAUCGUAUCACAUUAAAUACGAGCAUGCCAAGGAAAGUAUUAUUGACAGUCCCGUGGGAAGUUUCUCCUUGAUCCACCAUAUGCAGUCGGACUGGACCCAUUGGCUGGUUUUCCUACAAGAGGAGACGGGCCAAGAUGAAAUGGACUCUCUGCUUUCCAAAAUACGUUAUCUACCCACUGAACAGGACGUCUCAAGUGCCUGCCAAGGAAUUUCCAGGAUUACAAAUGCUUACGACUUGUCGCCCGAAAAAAUUUCAAGGGGCUCGUUCUUAGGAGUCCAGUCAAAGUCCCUAUUGUCUCCUCGUGAUUUCCUCCAGUUGGCAGAUUAUAGUAUGGCCAAUAAAGAUUUUGAAAAGUCUGAGCAGUGGCUACAGGUUGCUAUAUCCUUGCUAGAAAAUCCUAGCUAUCAAAAACGAAUUUUACCGCUUUUCCGUCUAAACGUCGUUGAUUUAUAUUUGAAGCUAUCAGAGGUUUACGUUAAGAAGCAAAUGUGGCCUCGAGCUCUCGAAAUAGUGGAGACAGCCUUAAAGUUUCAAACCAGAAAUGCAGCACUUCUUCAGAUGCAAGAGCACUUAAGUUACCAGAUUCUUCUCAAUCCACCAUCAAAUGCAACUCACAAUUUAAGGAACGGAAAACAUCCGCUUAGGAGAAACGGGAGUCUUCAUUGUUUUUACCAGCACAGAGGUGGAUUUCCCUCCCUGUUUUCCACUACGUUGAAGGCAGAGAUACUCCUUGUUGAUCCCUUGACGGUUUUUUACCACGAAACCCCUAAAUAAUUUGAAUCUUUUAUAUAAAUAAAACGUUGAGAACAUCUGUUAAUUUGGAAGAAAUAAGA